CUCUGCCAGCCACACAGUAAAGAGCUUACCGAGGAUUCUCUUAUUUAAAGACUCAAGCGAAAGCUCUGCUGUUUUAUUUUUGGCUUAUCCAGGAAUAACACAACAACAACACAGACGAAAAGCGCCCAGAGGCUCCGUAGUGGCAUCCAGUAGACGUUACCUUCCCCCUGUGGGACGUUCGUGUGUGGCGGGACUGUCAGAGACUUUAGUGGGUCAGCUGAGCGUGGUCUUUGCUUUCUGCAUCACUGAGCUGGGAUCUCAUUUGAAUCUGUCCUGCUGGGUUUGCUGAGCCAAGAGGCUGCCUGUGCCUGUGUGUGUGUGCACACACAGCAGUGAUCAUGUCCCUCAGACUGCUGCCCGCUAUCGUGAUGGAAAACGACGAGGACGAUGAUGGGAACUUCACCAAUUGGAUGAGUAGCUACUGGGGUCACGGAACGGACCGCGGACACUCCAGAGAGAGAAAACGCAGUUUCAGGCGGCCUUCGAAAACAAACCUCGAUCGCAGAGCAUCACUCCCCACCGUGACACAACUGGAUGCCAUGAAGCUGAACAAGAUCCACACGGCGACCAACGCGCCCAUUCCCAAAACGAGGGAAGACAAGGGGGAGGUCAGGCCUCACCAGAGGGUUCAUCGCAUCUCCUCGGACGAAAACCGGCCCAAGACGGCCGUCACGGAGAGCCGCAUUACCCCCAUCCCAGAGAUCACAGAGUCCUUCCAGAAGAGGCUGUGUUUCACUGACAAGAAAACCAUGUGUCUGAGCGAUAAAGACAAGAUAUGCCUGAUUUGCCACGAAGACAUGUGCAAGAACGGAGAGGGAGUUCAAGAACUUCACUGCACACACCGCUUCCACAAAGAGGAGGCCCGGCGGUUAGAGGCGAGCGCGCCGCGCAGAGGCAGCGACACGGUGGCCUGUCUGUUCAGGAGGCUGACGGAGGAGAGGAGAAAGUCUGCGGAUGGGUGGAUUUCCUCGGCGAAGGAGCAGCACGCCCCGCGUCGACAGCUUUCCCUGCGAAGGCAUCGCUGAAAUCUCUCAGAAGGGCGCCAUCUUUUUUUUAUUUAGUGAUUCCUUCAAUGGUCAGGAAUCGCUUUAUUUCAGCAACGUGGCGGGUCUGAAUCUGCAAAUCCUGAAAAUGUCUCCUGAAAGCUGACCUAUGAGCUCUUUGGGUUUGGUCAGAUUUUGGUGUUCCAGUUAACCUCUUCCCCCUCGCAGUGAGGCACCAAAUUUACAGUAGUCUAAAGGUUUGAAUUUACAAUUAAAAGCAUUUACUUGUCAAAGAAUAACUUAGUUUUUGUGACUGUAUGUAAAUAAGUGCGGCCAUUUGAGUUUAAUAAUAUGCAGUAUUAGAUGUACCAGAGGUUUUUGUUGUCUAUGAGCUUGAAGAGAUCCUUGCAAAAGUAUUCAUAGUGUUUGAACUUUACAUUUUGUCAAGUUGCAGCUGCAAAAUUAGAUGUAUUUUCUUGGGAUUUUGUGUGGUUGGCCCACAAAAAGUGAAGCAGAAGGAAAACGAUAGUGAUUGAAGGGUUGCCCUGUAUUUAUGUCAAUCCAUCAUUUCAUUAUCUAUUAGUAGCUUCUUUGACCCCGUUUAAAGAAAACCAUAUUCAGGGUGAUGUACAGUGAUAGUUUCUCGCAUCCGAAAGCAUUUUGCAUGAAGCAAGCCUCAUUUUGGUCAUUUAUGACUGGAGCACCAUAUUCCUUAUGAUUGCUGCGUUCCCUGCAUGACCGGCGGCAAACUGCAAAUGAGUCUUCAUGGAUUUCUUUUAACAAUGUCUUCCUUUUUGCCACUUCUCCAUGAAAGUCCAGACUGAUGGUGUGUACCGUCUGUGCUGCUCUCCAGAGUUACUGUGAAAUCUUUCCUUGGGUAUGAAUACUUCUGUAAGCUACAACACCUGGUGUAAACAUUGUCUGUCAACUUACACUUUACAGUAAAGAAAUGUAUAAAGUAGGUGAAACAUCUGCAUAUGUGUAUAUGUACAUUUCAGUAUGCUCACACAUCAAUGUACUUUAAUAGGUGACCCUGUUUAUUACAAUCCAAGUGUUGACCUUGAAACCAGAGUUGAUAUUGUGUUAAAUUUCUAGUGAUGCUCCCAGAAAUAUGAUUUUUUUAUUAUUAUUUUUUAUUUAAUGGGAUUUACAUUUAUGCCUUCAUUGAGGAAGAUGACUCUGCUUGCUUUUCAAUGACAUGAACCGGAUUCUCUGGGGUGGCCAGAAUUUUCAAGAAGGGGCCACGGACCCCUCCAGACCUCCCUGGAGGCCACCACUGGUUAUAUCAGCUUUAUCCGUUUUUAAACACAGGAAACUGUUUUCUGAGGAUCUCACAGGAAAUGAACAAAACACGUGUUACUGUCGUCCUUCCCACAUGGCCUUGUUGUGCAUGUAGUUCCUACAUGUGGGAAAUGACGUGCUGCCAUGAGAACAUAUGUGUAUAAAUCUCCGACUCAGUUAGCCAAUAAAUGUGGGUGACGUUCCCGUCUGUUCUGUGGUGUGUUUCAGUGCAUGGAGCAGUGGCUGUGGAAGAGACAGACAUGCCCCACGUGCCGUGUCCACGUCUCCGUCAUAA